AUGUGUUGGGGUUCUAUACCCAUUAUAUGUCUUUUUCAAUUUCCGAUCGCGGGACAGCUGUUAAGGAGACAGUUGAGGAAGAUACUGUUAUCGAAGACUUGGGGCUUACAGUUUAUUGAUGAUCGCAUUGGGAUUUUUGAUAUCCCGGGAUUGGAAAUUGAUACGGAGGUUGAUGGGUUGUUGGUGGUUAGGGGUGUCACGGUUAUCUUGAGUGAGUUGAGUUUGAUUGUUCAUGGGGUGGAGGUUGGGUUGAAAUUUGUGGUGGGUGAGGGGAAGGAUGGGGAGAUUAUUGAUGUGGGGAUUGUGUGUGAGGAGGUAGUGGUUAAGCUUGGGAGGGGAAUUGAGGUGAGCGAUUGUUUUGCAAGUGUGAAGCGUGGGGAGGGGGGAAUGAGUUUUAAAAAUGUACAAGAGAGGAUUGGUGCUGGGAGGUUGGCAGGUGAUCAGGUAUCGGAGGUCGAUUUGAAGAUGUUGAAGGCUGUGGAGGGAAAUGGGAACGGAAACAGGAAUGCUCAAAAUGAACAGCAAAACUUGGAGGCUGAGAGGAAAUGGAACACAUCAGUAAAGAACGAGAUAACAGACGGUCAUGCACCAAAAGAUACAGAUAUAAAAGAAGGAAUCGAAACCAUCAAAACCAUUGCGCCAGACGAAACCAAAGCGGCCAACGAUCAAUACCACAAAACCAUCCAUGCGAUCCGUUCCACAAACAGUAUUCAAACCUGUCGUCAAGAAGUCCAACGUCUCGUCAAUUCUGGUAUAGGGAAAAAGGCAUACGGCACCGAAGCCCCGGCAUCAGUGAGCGAAAAUAGCAAUAAAGACACCCGCGCAGCAAUCUGCUCACAACUCCACCGUCAACCUUCAAUCACACACCCUCCAACUCGAUCCAUCAAAGUCACAACACUCCAAACAUUAAUCCCACCGCAUAUACGGACAUUUCUCCAUCGUCUCCCCAUGCUCAUCCGUCUUCUACUUAGCCCAAUCGCUCAUUUCCAUCCUGUGAAAAUAUCAUCUGUGACAGUUACCGGGUCUGGAAAAUGGAUCCAGGAAAUCCUCUCGGAGAAACUCUUCAAACCUGAUAUAUUUACGCCACCUUCCUCUCCUAGAGCUUCGACGUUUCCAUCCUCGACAUUUAGAUUGUCAGAUCCAUCUCUUACAUUCUCAUCCCUCACCUCCAAACUAACUAAUCCAUCUUCAACAUUUUCCUCCCUCACAUCCAAACUAAACAAUCCAACCCCGAUCUUCUCACCCCCAACCAGCCCAACCAACCCUCCCAACCCCACCCCUGCCCCCGCCCCCGAAGAAAAAAUCACCAUCCCCCAAAUCCAACAACGCAUCAACAACUGGCUCCUCCCCGCCAACUUCGUCCUCGAACUCAGCGCCCUCACAGGCAAUGCACAAAUUUCCAUCCUCCCCACCUACGACAUCCACUGUUUUAUAUCCAGCAGCAGUAUAAUAGCCUAUCGAAGUCUUUCCUCCGUCGCAACUCUCAAACAAGUACUGCGACUUGGAGGUGCGGAUGCUUCAUUCCAGAUUCCGAGUUUUUUGCUUCCGCAUCAUGAGCAUCUUUUACCUGUAGUGCCUGUUCAUGAAGAAAGUUUUUGUUGGGGAAAUGGUGGUAGGGGACAGGAUGGGCAGUUUGGGGGGGUUGCUAAGACUGAGAUGAGGGGAGAAGGUGUUGGGAAGAAUGAAAAUGAGGAUGAGGGUGAGAAUGAUGAAUGUAUAGUGAAGAUAGGAGCACAUGUGCGAUUACCAGUAGUGAUGGAUCAGGAGUUACUAGACUGGAUAGCGAGCGUAGUAAAAGCGAGCAAGGUGAUGGAUAUGGAAGUAGAGUCUCGAUGGAUGGAUGAAGAGAUUCGUGGACUUAAAGAUCUGGUGGGAGUUUUUAAAGGUGGUGUGAGGGAUGCUCAAAAAGGAAUGAAAAAAUCUCUCCUCACUACCGCGAUAAAUGACCGCUGGAUCGCAAAAAUGGUCGGGAAAAUCACGACUAAAUUACGGGAAGCGAGAGGGGAUGUAGGGUAUGCGGGGGAGAUCAAGGUGCCGCUUGGGUCGUUUAGGUUGAGUGAGGAGGCGAGGGGGAGGAGGGAGGGGGGUAAGAUAUUGCCGUGA